GCCCGGAUGUGUAAAACGGUAUGGAAAAUGAGGAAUUGUCAGCGCGCCGUUUGUGUUAUUGCGUUAGUUGGCUGGGCGACGACGUCACUGAUUUUUCUAACACUGUCCCAAAGUCGGUUCCAAGAAGCAGAAAAUUGCAUACUGCAGUCCAAACGACAGGCAUCAACGUUGUCUUCUCAGGAACAACACUUGAACACCAUUAAACGCAAAUUUGCUAAUCUCCAACAGAAAUUUCAACAAGUGACAGCCGAAUUAGUUCAAAAACAGAGAAUACUUGACCAGAUGCGGAAACAUGGCAAGGAGGGAGAUUCGAGGUCUACGAAACUGAACUCACGAGUCAACCCAACAAACACAUUGAAUAACUUGUUGAAAACAAUUUAUGCGAUUACUCCAACAUAUGCACGAUACACACAAAAAGCGGACCUUACUCGUCUGUCUCAGACAUUUCGUCACAUACGAAACUUUCACUGGAUUUUAGUUGAAGAUUCGAACAGUAAAACGUCACUAGUGACUGGUUUUCUUGAACGGUCACGUCUUACUUAUACUCACUUGGCUGUGGCGACGCCAGAGAAGAUGAAGCUGAAGGAAAAUGAGCCGAGAUGGCGUAAAGCUCGUGGAGUGGAGCAGAGAAAUCUGGCGAUCGAGUGGCUUGUGAAACAGCAUGCAACGAGUGAGGGAGUUGUGUAUUUUGCUGAUGAUGACAACACAUAUGAUUUACGGAUAUUUGAACAGAUGCGUUCCACUCGUCGCGUCUCUGUCUGGCCGGUAGGCCUAACAGGCGGACUUCGUUUUGAAGGUCCAAUAUGCUCCAACAACAAAGUCACCGACUGGCACACAGCAUGGCAUCCUGAGCGACCGUUUCCUCUUGACAUGGCAGGCUUUGCCGUCAACCUCAAAGAACUUGUGAAAAAUCCAGCAGCGAGAAUUGAUCCAAACGCAGCACGAGGAUACUUGGAAUCCUCAUUGCUUCAACGUAUUUUGAAACGUCGCGAAGCUGAACCACUUGCAAACGACUGUACAGAGGUUCUUGUGUGGCAUACUAGAACGGAGGCUCCGAAAAUGAAAGAUGAAAUUCGGCUGCAGCGUAUGGGCAAGCCAUCGGAUCCACGGAUAGAGACUUAAUUGAUUUUAUGUGUUAGCAGAGCUGAGACAUGCAGGUGGUAUGUUUAUAAUAGAUUUGCCACAUUUUGAUUUUAUAUUCUGUUGGUGAUGAAUUUAUUAGUUGACUUAACUUUACUUUGUAUGAAGAUGUACAAUCAGACGACAUCCAAAACACAAAUGCCUUGCAACAAUCAACAUACUUUCUGAGUUUUUCAGAAAAAUUUCAAU